CCUGCAUUUUGUAGCUCUCUUAUGUCCCCAUCCCUCCAUGGCCCCAUUCUGUCAUAACCCUUUUGCCUCUAGUCAUGUCCUUUCGUUAGCUUAGCUGCUCCCAUCUCAAUCCGAGCUCCUCCACCUUUCAUCUCCGAUCCAGAGUUUUCAUAUUCCAUACCUGAAAAAGCGAGGAUGAACAGUUACUCCAAGAUGAAAGCUUUCGGAACCCACAAGUCGAGAUCUGUGGACUUCUCAGAGCUGUUGCCAUCAUUUCCUGCUCAAACUCCAAAACCCGUCGCGAAGGCGGGCGUCGAGGAAGCAAGACCCGAAGACAGUUCUUGCUCAGAGAAAGAGAAGGAUGACUACUCAGAUGGAGAAAGAUUCGGGGUGAUCCUCGGUAGAAGCAGCUCGGUCUCCACCGCUUCCGACAGAUUCAGGUGGAUGACGAGGAAGGCAGUAUGGAGGGAAUGGGAUCUGCCAAGAAGAAGAAGAACAGGGGAGUCAAUAUCUUUAAAGCCUGCAAGCGGCUUCUGGGACUCUAAGGUUAUUUAUCUGGACGCGAUGAAUGUGCAACUUUUCUUUAAGUCCCUAGCGUGUAUUAAGACUUAGAGGCUCUUUGUCCUCCUAGUUCAGCUGAUGAGGCAGACCAAUGGUUUUGCUGCUUCAGUGUCUUGCUGCAUCCCCAAGACCGCAUGCUCUAAGUCUGCACUAUCAUCAUAAACUGUUCGUUUCGGCAGUUACUAGUGUAUUUCACUAUGCAAAAUAGUGAAUUUACGAGGGUAUUUCAUUUUGCAAACCUCAAGGCUGAAUCAAGUUUCUCCGAGAUAUCACAUAAAGAUGUUGAGCAAUAUACAUGUUUCGUUGUUUGGCCA